CUUAUCUUACUAGUGUUUUUUCAUUAAAUUCAGAUUGCAGUAUAAUUUAAAAGUUUAUAACAGUAAUGUAACGCAUUGUAGAUGAAAAUGUACUGUGAAAAAAGAAUAGUCACACCCAUGGCGUAAUUUAUGAAGUUUGAAGUAAGAUCAGAAAAUUUUUAUAUCCAUGGCACUCUGGACCAAGUUCGCUGGAUAUGUGUUGAAGGGAGCUGGUAUUGGAAUAGUAAUUUCAGCGAUAAAUGAUUCUCUUGUAUCAUUUGUUGUCUUUCAAGGAGAAUCCAUGAAUCCUACGAUACAGAAUAAUGAGAUUGGACUUUGUGAUAAAACUACUCCAUAUGAGGACAUACGAAGAGGUGAUAUUGUUGUAGCCGCGUCACCUAAACAACUUAAUGUUCAAAUAUGCAAAAGAGUUAUUGCACUCGAAGGUGAUGAAGUAACGUUUCAACCUGAUGGAGAUGGAGGAUACGAAGAUUUGGCGAAACUAAAAAAUUACAAAUACAUUCCAAGAGGUCAUGUAUGGUUGGAAGGUGACAAUAAAGCUUCGUCUCUUGAUUCUCGUAAUUUUGGACCAGUCCCUCUCGGCCUUGUAAGGUCAAGGGUCAUUGGAAAGUUCUACCCUUUCCGUAGUGCAACAAUAUUCGCUCGGGAACCUCCAAAUGAUCCAUGGGAUCGAAAUCCGACAAGGUGACACUGAUGAAUAAUGUCAGACAACUUGUUUCGAGUCCACUUCUCAUAGAAAGGCUGAAUUUAGACUAAUUGUCCCAUUGUGAUAAUGAAGGAGAUA